AUGAGUAGCUGACUAAUGCUGUAUGUUUGCUUUAGCACUUCUCCACGGUUGCUUUGCAUAGCAACACAACAGAAAAGCACUGGACAGAAUUUAGAAGAUGACCAGAGUCAGAGCCAGAAUGAGCCAAAGGCUGAACUGAACUCUCCUGAGAAGAUAUUAAUUGAAGAGAAAGCCAAACUUGAAGAGCAAUUAAAAGAAAUUACAGACAAGUACAAGCGAGCUCUGGCAGAUACAGAAAACUUGAGGCAAAGAAGCCAGAAAUUGGUAGAAGAAGCAAAGUUAUAUGGGAUUCAGAGCUUCUGCAAGGACUUAUUAGAAGUUGCUGACAUUUUGGAAAAAGCAACUGAGAGUGUUCCAAAAGAGGCGCUCAAGGAAGAAAACCCUCAUCUGAAGAACCUGUAUGAUGGUCUUGUCAUGACAGAAGUGCAGAUUCAAAAAGUAUUCAAAAAACAUGGCCUGCUCAAACUGAAUCCUGUUGGAGCCAAGUUUGAUCCCUAUGAACAUGAAGCUUUGUUCCAUGCUCCCAUGGAAGGGAAGGAGCCUGGCUCUAUUGCAUUAGUAUCCAAGGUUGGCUAUAAGCUGCAUGGGCGUACCUUGAGGCCUGCCUUGGUGGGGGUUGUGAAAGAAGCUUAGUGGCUCAAUUUAUAAGAAUUAAAAAUGCCAUACAACUA